AUGACAAAAGUAUUUGGAGCCGAACGCGGUAGUCAUUCGUUAGGUACAAACAGUUUUUUAAUCGAAGAUAUUCUAUUAAAAAAUGCAGCAACCGUCUUGUCAUUACCACCACUAAAAUCAACUCCAGAGUCACAACCAUCUUCAAUUACAGAACUAUUGUCAAGGUCCUCAUCGUUAGAUACAAACUCAUCACGCUCACCACCAAAUAACAUUGAUCGCGUUUCAGAUGAAAUCACAUCAUCAAGAUCAGCGCCACAAGGUUCAGAUUUGGCUUCAACAAUAUUUUCUCCAAAUUUUUACUCACUCCCAGAGCAACUUAGUCGGUAUGCAGCGAUCAAACCAGAAUUAUAUCCGCUCUUUUUUCAUGGAUUAAGUUGUCAUGCUUAUUUGAACAGUGAACAUUCAUUGAAACAUUGUCGCCGGCGAAAAGCUCGAACAGUAUUCAGUGAUCAUCAGUUCAAUGGUCUAGAAAAACGGUUUGAAACACAAAAAUAUUUGAGUACAUCGGAACGAGUUGAAUUAGCAAAUGUUCUAAAUCUUAGCGAAGCACAAGUCAAAACAUGGUUUCAGAAUCGUCGAAUGAAGCAUAAAAAACAAGCACGUCGAACUGCUCUCGAUUUGUCAUCUAGUACAACAAAAGAUAAACACAGUAAGGGUGAUGUUGACGUUGUCAGUGAUCAAGAAUCGAGUACGAGUUCAUGUAAAUAA